UUUCCCCUCCCUUUCCUCCAACAGUCUCAGUCGGUUCGCCCGCAGCACUUGCGUUCUCUCGGCUGGGUUUCACUCCAGAGAUGGCUGCGAAAGUGUGUAGAUCGGUCCUCCUCCUGUCCCGGAGCAGCGGAGCCGUAGCCUCUUCUGCUUUUCCCGCAUUCGGUGUCUCAUCACAGCGACAUCCUCAGAGCACAAGAACGGAGGCGCUGUCCAUUUCUCUUGGAAGUCACCAGACUGUCAGGAGAGCGCACGGCCUGAGAACAGGUGCCAGGUCUGCUAUUUUCUGUCACCCCAGUGCCACUCUGACAGCCCAGGGCUGGAAGGACUCCCCCUCAUGGCAGGGUCAAAGACUACUGUGUUCACCCGCUGCUACAGAAGAUGUUUCAGUGGUGUAUCAGAACGGCUUGCCGGUGAUCUCUGUUCGUCUGCCGUCCCGACGAGAACGCUGCCAGUUCACCCUCAAACCCUUGAGCGACACAGUGGGUGUUUUCCUUCAGCAGCUGCAGGCGGAGGACAGGGGCAUUGAUAGAGUCGCCAUCUACUCUACAGAUGGAGCAAGAAUAGCAUCCUCUACAGGGGUUGACAUUUUACUUAUGGACAGCUUUAAGCUAGUCAUUAAUGACACGACAUACCUGGUGCAGCCACCCAGGAGAGAUCUGCUACCACACGAGGAAGCGGACCGACUGAACGAUGUCAAGUUCUUGGUGCAGCAGCUCUACACCACUCUGCGCAUAGAGGAGCAUCAGCUCACCAAAGAGAGAGAGCUGAUUGGACGACUGGAGGACCUCAACUCUCAGCUCCAGCCCUUGGAGAAGGUUAAAGAAGAGCUGAGUAAGAAAGCAGAGCGCCGGACUACUUGGGUGCUGUGGGGUGGGAUGGCGUACAUGGCCACACAGUUUGGCAUUCUGGCACGGCUGACCUGGUGGGAGUACUCAUGGGAUAUCAUGGAGCCUGUCACGUAUUUUAUCACCUACGGUACAGCAAUGGCUAUGUACGCUUACUUCGUGCUGACACGUCAGGAAUAUAUUUACCCAGACGCCAGGGACAGACAGUACCUGCUGUUCUUUCAUAAGGGAGCGAAGAGAACACGCUUUGACAUUGAGAAGUACAACAAACUGAAGGAUGCGAUUGCUGAGGCGGAGUUGGAUCUAAAGCGUCUACGAGACCCGCUGCAGUUGCACCUCCCUAUCCAGCAAAUCGAUGCCAGCAAGGACUGAUGACAACCUAAAGCCCUUUCUGCCUCUCUCUCUCUUACUUCAUUCUCUUCUGCCUCUUUGCGUUUUGUUUUCUGUCUCUUUUUAUCUUUUUCUUUUAUCUCUAUAACCUCAAUGAAAAACCACAACCACAGCAGGCUUCGGAGUUUUAUUAUUAUCCUUUGUAUUGUUUUCUUUAAUUUGGCAAGUCUAUGCAGAGGAGAAGAGAUACAAUUAAACGAAACAACAAAACUACAUCCCUGAACGGAUGGUGACGACAGAUGCUCGCUGAACAGGCGCUCUCAUAUCGCAACAGGACCACGCAGAGAAACGCAGAGCUACUUUAGACAGGAAGUUUGAGACAUUGGGAUUCAACCAGUAUAUCGUCUUGCAUGGGAAACAGACUCUAGGUCUAAAAACCAUCUGCCCUUGGGUUGAACAGUUUUUUCCACAUUGGAGUACUGCUGAGAUCCCUAACUCUGACACUUUGCAGAAGAGAUUUCGGGAUGUGGUGCACUUUUCCGUCAUGGAAAAGAUCCGUUUACCAUCGAGCCAGUCCUCUUGUGGCUGAAACGCCUGUACCCAACAGCCUAAGCGAAACACUCUUGACUCACCCCAAAUCCUUUCUCGCUUCCUUACGGACCUGUUAAAAGCUGAAGACAGAUCUAACAGCUUAAAUAUCACUGUGUGUUCUAUUAUUCCAAAAGAAAAAAAAGAAUCAAAGAAUUUUGGCACUUUUUAUUUUAAAAGCCAUAUUAUGUUUAUUAUGAUGAUGAAAAAAAGAGAAAUGAGCAGAAAUUUUUUUUCUUCUUCUCAUUAUUAGAUUUUUUUUUUUAACCAUGCCACCAGACAUUACAUAUCUGCAGAUGUUCUAAAAAAAAAUAUUUUCUAAGAUUCCCAUCAUCAAACGAAGUUCAAAUAGUGCAUCCCUAACGCUGUGAGCCUUUUUUUUUUUUUUUCAAAAUAUGAUACACUCCAUCAGUUUACAUGUUGAUGAGAAACGCACAUACACAUGGUUGCUUGGCAGAUGGAUCCUCUUUAAAGGUCUUCUCUCUUCUCUAUAAAUCUUCUUUCGAACAUCAUCAAAUGACAUUUUCCCACAGUGCCUCACAGCAUCUGCUGCAGCGUGCUUGUUACGAAACACCUGUUUAUCAGACGCGAUCCAAGAAAAUGACCCAUCGAACGGUCUUAAGGCAGGUCACUGUGUAAAACGCGAUUUAUUUUUCUGAAAAAAGGUUCCGGACGCGAUCAAUUUCCCAUCAGUCAUGUGGCGUUUUUAGCUGCAUAUAUAUGCCAAGUCUUCUGGAACGUGCAGAGAACGUGUAAUAUAUUAGAUCUAGAAUUAGCGUGUGUUUUGCACACUUCGUGGCAUGCCAUAGAGAGAGAUCGUCGCAUCCUUUGUCUAUAUGUGCUAUCUUUAGCCCACAGGCCUUAGCAACGAUUCUAGCUGGGUUGAGCUGAUCGUCAACAUUGUUUUUCCCAUGCAUUUUCAGACCAGUUAUUUAUUACAUGAGAUUAUAUAUGCUAUUAUAAAUACAAAGUUCUCUUAAUCCUUUCACUUUGAUUUCGACAGAGAUGGUCGCCCAGACUGUUUGAAUCUAAGGGAUGUGAAACUGACUUGCUUUCUAACAAAAGGAACAUAUCAAGUCAAGUCUUGAAAUUGGUUUUUGGGCCAUUAUCAUGACCCAUAAACUUGCUGUCUUUUAUGGGUUUGCCCUACACACUCAGACCCCUGCAGAGAAAUAGCUCUGUUGUUCUAUAGCAGAAGUCUGUUCAUCAUGACAGACUAUCCAUGUUUGUGCCUGUGGUCGUCAUUAAGCGCUUUCAAAGCCAUAUUCAUGUUGUGUUCGUCUGUCUAGAGGCGGGAGGGACACAUAGUCCACCUCGUCCAUUCUUACCUUGUGUUUAAAUUUUACAAGGUGAGACUCCAGCCUACAACUCUGAUAGAAGGAUCAUUUAACUUCAGACAACUUUCUAUCAAACUCAAUGGAGAAAUUUAGUAGAAUGUUCUAACAGCUUAUUUCCAAACAACAUUCAUACUGACCAUGGCCGUCAGUGUUCAUUAUUUAACAUGACACUAUAUUUUCCUUAAGUCUUCAGAAGCCAUAUAACAAUUCUGAGGCACAGAUUGACAUUUCCUAAAAUGUUGAUUGUGUAGAUUCGUUUUUAGGUUCAAACAUUGAUAUUAAAUGUUUCAGAGUUGCAAUGAGGACUAUUUUCUGCAUGUCUUUACAAAGCCACAAGACAUGUAUUUCUUUGAAACACAAAUAAAGAUUGCUAAAAUCCAUUGACAUUUCUGUCCAUCCAUUGAUAGUUCAUCCAACCAAAACCUCAAUGCAUCAAAGUACAAAACAGACUUUUGUAUGAAUCGAGUGGUUUAAUCCAAGUUUUCUGAAGAGACACGACUGCUUUAUGUGAUGAAGAGUCUUUUAUUAAUACAUUGUUCAAUGCACAUACAUGGAGCUUAUCAAAUAUGGUAAACUGAAGCUCAAAGUUAAAACUUUACAAUCAUUUUACCAGUUAAGUGUGUUCAUCAUAUAAAGUAACUGUCUCUUUAGAAGACUUUGAUUAAAUCACUUGAUUCAUAUGGAUUUAUGCAUUUUUUGAUGCUUGGAAUUUCAACGGAUGGAUGAAAAAGAUGAGAGAAUGUUAAAAAUACCUUAUUUGUUUUAUGUCAAACUGACAAUUGAGUCUUAUGUUUUUGUAAUGACAAAGGGUGAGCAGAUAUUUCAGUCUGUUCCUCACACUUCAGGAGACCUGGAAUAUAUCAUAUGGAUGACUUUUUUUGUUGUUGUUGUUUUUGGAGCUUGACAGACAUGGUCACUAUAAACUGAGGUUUUAGAAAAAAAACUCUUCAAGAUUUCUCUGUUUUGUGUUCAUUGGAGGAAAAAAAUUACAGCAUUGAGUCUGGAAUGACAUUAUGGUAAAUAAUGACAGAAAUAUUUGGGGAGCCAAAGCAUAAUCCAGGUUAUCAUAAACCUAAUUGUGGUUUGUGGAGUUUGCAUGUUUGGCUAAAAAUGGAAGUGUUGUGAUGGAGCCCCUUUAACAGUGACUGUUUAUUGUUGGUGAGGAGUUCAGGUCAGUGGGAGUUACUCGGUGUGCGUGAGUGAAUUACAUUGUGAUUUAACACAGCAAGACCUGAACUGUAGGUGAUUUAUUUUUUUAAAGGAUGACAGCUGAUAACUGCAUUAUGUCUGACCCAGCUGGUUUCAGUGGAGAUGCUUCUUUCUUUUAUCCGAGUUUGAACAGACUGUAUGUCAUAUUAUAAGAUGGAUUUUUAACUGUGGUUCCAUCACUGUAGUCGUAGCUGAUGGGUACGCAUUAAUCACUCACAAAUGUUCAUCAUUCUGAACCUAAACCUAAACCUUAGUAUCUGACUGGUUGAAUGGGAUGUCUUGCAUAAGGAAUCAAGGUCACUGUGAUUGCAGUUGGUGCAAGGAUCUUGUCUAAGAUUUUCAGUUCAUGCAUAAUCUUCGUCCAUAGCAUAAAACAUCCAUUCUGCCUCACUUAUGUAAUCACCAGUCAUAAACUCAGCAGUAAACACACUCCAGUUAUUUCAGGGCAGAAACUCAACCAUCUCUUUUUCCAAGAUGCCCAAUACACUGACAUCCGUUGACCUAUUGUAUGUCUAUAAGAGGUCUCGGGCCUGGUCAUUAUCUGAUAAGUUGAACUUCUUUUCAUUUAUUUCUAGGGUUUUUUUUUUGUUUGUUUCAGGGUUUUUUUUUUAAAUAAUAAUAUAUCAAAUAUAUGGAAUCUAUUCUAAAGCGGGUGUUGCAUGAAUGUAUGUUUACAUGGGGAAAUUAUAUAUAAAUGAAUCAAAAAAGCAAAGAUUAUUAUGAAUGCUGAUUGCAGAUUUACAGACUCCUGGUUCAUCAAGAGUUUGAUUUUUCCACCCUGUCCCUCAUCCUCCAUGACCCAGCAGCAAGGAUGCUCUCGGCUGCUGCACAGGCUCUGAUCGGUCAAGGAUCUCCUCUCCAUUAUGUCUUGUUUUAGCCUGUCUUUGCUCUCUCAGUCUCAAUGCUGCUGCUCGAUCGCUGCAGUGCUGCCUUUAUUCUGAACACUGAUCUGAGAACAGAGAGUAUGGAAGACCUGACCUUCUCGAACACCCCUCGCUCCGCCCAUUUGCUCGUCUUUCUUUAGCUCCUUAUUAUACUCCCACACUGAUUAUGUUUUAGUUAUGUGUAUUGUUUUAAAGUUUUCUUCAUGUGCACUUAAAAUGAAAAUUAUAUUUCGGGGAAAAUAGGUAAUGGGUGACGCUGAAUGAAAAACAUUUUUUUCAUAUUCUUUGUUCAUUUUGUCAUUGGCAUCGGAUGCUGUAAUGUUAGAAGACUUUAAAAAUGACAAUGUAAAAUCCUGUAUCAUUUAUGAAAUGUGUAUAAAAGAGAAAUGUAAUUCAAUUAUCAAUAAAUACUUAUCCAGUUUUGGAA